AAUCAAAUCAAACUCAGCACGACUUUCCAAAUUGGGUUGAUUUGGAUCCGUGGAAACCCGGAUGACCCGACUUAUUUUCGACUGUCCGUAUUCUGUAGCACUUCUCAGUUCUCAGUGGCAAUGGCGCCUAAACGCCGUCGAUCAAGGAAGCGCAGAAAGCUUUUCAAACGAAGAGUAAAAGUGAAAGCGGUGCCGAGAGCGGAAGAGCCUGGAGACGGUGAAGGCGUUAGUCCGAUGGUCGAGAAGUAUUGGCUUCAGAGAUUCAAUCUCUUCUCCAAGUACGACGAGGGCAUAAAGAUGGAUGAAGAGGGGUGGUUUUCCGUCACGCCGGAAGAAAUCGCCGCCAGACAAGCCGACCGCUGCUUCGGCGGUGCCGUCGUCAUCGACGGUUUCACCGGCGUCGGCGGUAACGCCAUUCAAUUUGCCGCAAAGUGUAACCAUGUUAUCGCAAUUGACAUUGACCCUAAAAAGAUUGAAAUGGCUCGAAACAAUGCAAGUAUAUAUGGAGUGGAGGAGUAUAUUGAUUUCCUUAUCGGAGACUUUUUCCAAUUGGCACCAUUUCUGAAGGGAGACAUUGUAUUUCUCUCACCACCAUGGGGUGGCCCGACUUACAAAUUGAGAAGCACGUAUACUCUCGAUCUCCUGAAACCAAAAGAUGGUUAUUCAUUAUUUCAGGCUGCGCAAAACAUUACACCUAACAUCAUGAUGUAUUUGCCCCGCAAUGUGGACUUGCUUCAGGUGGAACAGCUUUCUUGGUUAUCUUCGCCCCCUUUACAAAUUCAGAUUGAAGAAAACGUGCUUCAUGGCUACGUGAAAGGCAUAACAGUUUAUUUUGGUGAUAUUGCAUCUCCAUAGCUCGGGUUCUUAGCCAUCUAUUACUCAUUAACAAGGUUUAUGAAAUCUGUCAAUGUCCCGAGUGACCUUCUGACCUCACCGGCCCUAAUUCUUUAGUCUCCCACGGAAUACCCUAUUUUGUACCCCGGGAAUACAGGUAGCAGAACUUCUAUCUCGUCUUCCACUGAUUACUUACUUGUAGGUGGCGGGGCUAUAAUUUAUUCAGGUUGGUGCAUGUAUAAAUGCUGUGUGUACCCUAUAUAUUUAGUCUCCAACCAAUGUUUCAUCUACCCAGUUGUAAUAGUUAGUGGCUCUUCCUUAUACUUGGCUUUCAUGUUAAUUAUUGUAGGUCCAUGCUGAGAAUUCUCCGUGGCAAUUAAUUCUCACAUUCAUUGGAUAAGGAAGAGUUGUGCCCCUUAGGUAUAAAGGGUAGUUCUACAAGCCCCGAAAGGGUGGUUGAGUGGGUGCAGCAUGACUUUUGUAUCUAAAGAUCACGAGUUCAGUUCUUGUCAACAUUCUCUCGAUCAUGUCCGUUGGUCUUCUUAGUUUAGUUACCUUUCCUGUGUCGUUUGCUGGCUAUUAGACAUGUGCAGAGUUUUAGCUGUACAUAUCCUUAGGUAGUGGUUGCGGGCUUCUCUCGUCAUCGAAAAAAACACAAAAAAGGGUAGUUUGGGAAACAAAAUAGGGGUUUUUGGUGAAACAUUUGUCCUGGUUUGAGUCAAUAGUGUCCAUAUCAGUCUUUGUGGAGUUGAAAAUGACAACAUUGUGCAAAGUUGUGAUUUUUUGCAGUGCCCAAUGUUGGCAUUAUAUAAGGAAUGCUGUUAAAGUUGGUAAAUAUAUACCAACAAUUUUACCCAGAGUAAGAAUGUACAGUAAUUGAAUUGAGUCUGAACGUUAAAAGUUUGAAAUUUGGCUCAAUAUAGAAUUUAGAGUACGAAGUUCGGUUUGAGCUAA